UGAAUUAACAUAAAAAUCAAUCAAAAUCGAUUUCAGAAAAUCUAAUCGAUAGCAAUGGGGGAUAAUUUGGAAAAAGGGCAGGAUUACGAACAGAAAGCAGAGAAGAAGCUCGGUGGUUGGGGAUUGUUUGGUUCCAAAUUCGACGAUGCUGCAGACCUAUUCGAAAGAGCCGCUAAUUGCUACAAGCUCGCAAAAUCUUGGGAUAAAGCAGGAGCCACCUAUGUGAAGUUGGCAAAUUGCCAUAUCAAGUUGGAUAGCAAACAUGAAGCUGCCGGUGCCUAUGUUGAUGCAGCACAUAGUUACAAAAAAGUUAAUAUAAGUGAGGCUGUAUCUUGCUUAGACCAAGCUGUAAAUCUUUUCUGUGAAAUUGGAAGAAUCACUAUGGCAGCUAAAUAUUUGAAGGAAAUUGCGGAGUUGUAUGAAUCUGAACAGAACAUUGAGCAGGCCAUUGCUUACUAUGAAAAGUCUGCUGACUUUUAUGAAAAUGAAGAAGGGACAACUUCUGCAAACCAGUGCAAGGCAAAAGUUGCUCAAUUUGCUUCUCAACUAGAACAAUACCAGAAGGCAAUUGAGAUUUACGAAGACAUAGCACGCCAAUCUCUCAACAAUAAUUUGCUGAAAUAUGGAGCUAGAGGGCAUCUUCUUAAUGCCGGCAUUUGCCAACUUUGCAAGGGAGACGUUGUCGCUAUCACCAAUGCGUUGGAGCGAUAUCAGGAGAUGGAUCCAACAUUUGGAGGCACACGUGAAUAUAGACUAUUGGCGAAUAUUGCUUCCGCGAUGGAUGAAGAAGAUGUCACAAAAUUUACCGAAGUUAUCAAGGAAUUCGAUAGCAUGAGCCCUCUGGAUUCAUUGAAGACAACGCUUCUUUUGAGGGUGAAGGAAAAGCUGAAAGCCAAAGAACUUGAGGAGGAUGAUCUUACUUAAAUUGCACACCUUAGUCUUUUGUGGGUUGGACUCAUGUUUGAUGAUUUGCCUUGUAUUUUAUACUUGUCGUUCAAGUUUGUUCAUCUUACAAAUCUAACUUAUAUAUAAAGUGUACUUGU